UCAAGCAAUUUUUGUUAAAAUCAGUCGCGGUGGGCUGCGUUGCCUGCUGUCCACACGGUUUUGUGCUUAUUUGGCAGGCUCCAGAGGAGAGCAGGGAUGGAUCCCGCUUUUAAAGGCCACGCAUUUCUAUGGCAUCUUUUUGAGUUUUAGGGCUGUUCCUCACAUUCCUGGAUAAUGAAGUUUUGGGUUUGUUUUCCUUUUUCUUCCACGCUCAACAAAGCCAAUUUGAUGCACUUUGCAAAGCAAUUGAAAACAGGCUUCUCCGCUUCAAAUUCCUCCAAGGUCCAAGCGCCCCGGGAACAAAGUGUGGAGGAUAAAAUCCUCUGACCCACACUUAGAAAAUGUUACCCCGAGUGGCCAGGCCAUGCCCUCGGGAGCCCGGGCUGUGCUGUAUGUCCACCUGACGAGUGAGCGUAUGCAUUGUUUACUCCUUGGCAUCCUGGCGCGAGCCGUACCUCUCUGACGCGUUUUUAUGGGUUUUGCUUCAGCUUGCCUGCUGGGAAAUGUACCUAAUUUCUAGAGAAGACGUGCUGUACUGUCAGUUUGUCAAGCUGGCAAAGCAGAGCGGCCCAGCGACCAUGGCGAAGGACGGGAUUGAAGCACCCUCCCCUGGUGGCCCUGGGGGUCCUGCUGGCCCUGGCCCUGCUGGCGCUCACCCACCUGCCCCCACCGCCUACCGGGGUCCACGGCCGGGCCCGGUCCCUUCGCAUGGCACCAGUGCCCAUAUCACAGUCCCCAGCCCCCCGGCCCCGGCAGGACACAGCCACCACCCUGUGUGGGCACAAGCCGCCCACCCGGAGGACAAGGAGGCACCAGGGGGACAGUCGGCAGCUGAGGGAGCUGGGCAUGCCGUCCCCUUUGUCUUCUGUGGAGCAGCCAUGUUGGCGGGGCAACCCCCAACAUGGGGACAGGUUGCGUCUUGGUGGGACAGCCCCGCCGUGGCUCUCUGAUGAUGACAUCCAGAAGAUGAAGCUGCUGGCCCACGGGCAGGUGGUCUCCAAAACCCGUGUGCCAGCCCACGGGCAGGUCCUGCGUGUCCGCCUGCACACUGAAGGGGAUCCCCAGCCCACCAGCCCCCAGGGGGACUGUGGGGAUGGGCGCUGCGGGCUCAUCAAACGCCCUGGGGACCUCUACGAGGUGGUGGCUUUCCACCUGGACAGGGUCUUGGGGCUGAACAGGAGCCUGCCCGCUGUGGCCCGUCGCUUCUCUAGCCCCAUCCUGCCCUACAGCUACACCAACGGUGCUACACGGCCCGUCAUCUGGUGGGCACCCGACGUCCAGCACCUGGAGGACACCAACAACGACCAGAACUCCUGCGCCCUGGGGUGGCUGCAGUACCAGGAGAUGCUGCGGACUCACGGCAGGGCCCCGGUGGUGGGGGACACUCCCUGCAAGAGCAUCCAGCAUGGCGAGUGGGGACGCCUGGCGCUCUUCGACUUCCUCCUGCAGGUUCACGACCGCCUGGACCGAUACUGCUGUGGGUUUGAGCCUGACCCCUCUGAGCCCUGCGUGGAGGAGAUGCUCCACGAGAAGUGCCGAAACCCAGCCGAGCUGGUCCUGGUGCACAUCCUGGUCCGGAGCAGCGCCCCGUCCCGCCUGGUGUUCAUCGACAACGCAGGCCGGCCGCAGCAGCCAGAGGCAAAGCUCAACUUCAGGCUCCUGCAGGGCAUAGACAGCUUCCCGGAGACGGCUGUGGCCGUGCUGAGGUCGGGCUGCUUGGGCCGCCGGCUGCUGGAGUCGCUGUACAUGGACCGGGAGCUCUGGGAGAGCCAGGGCGGUGCCGCGGGGCUGAGACCUCUGCUGCGGACCCUCGAGAGGCGGGGGCAGGUCCUGCUGAGGUACCUCCAGCAGCACAACCUGACGGCGGUGAGGGACACGCCGCGCUGAACCCCGUGGUGGGUGGGCCUCAUGUCCUCGGUUUUUGUGAUGUGGAGCUGCGUGUGGGUUCUGGCUUCUCCAAAAGGUGGUUUUCUUAUUUAACACCCCACUGGUGGGAUGUCCUGGAAAAGGAGAAGGGAUUGUACGAAAGAUGAGGAGUAGACCUUCUCCAGAGACAUCCCAUGAAUGUUUGAGAAAGGCACUAAGCAAGAUUUAUCAUGCAAUGAUCACAGCAUGAAAUUUUCAAAGGAGGUGCAUGUCCAUGAGAUUUUGGGUGCCUUCACUCCUCUCUCCUCCCCAGCAUCUUUGAAAACUGCAGGUGUGACCAGCUGAACAGACGGAGAGCCUGGGAAGGGAUGGCCAAGCAGUGAGAGGCACUGCUCAGGGCCGAGGGAAGUCACUGACAAUCUUCCCAUGGCUUGCACUGGACUUUUUUUGAUGAUACUUUCAUCAUUCCCGAAAUAAUAAAAGCAGAGAAUCUGGAGAGGUAUGGGGAAAAGCAGAGGAGACCUUCCAAAGCAAGUACAAGUCACCAGAGCUGAGCUCUGUCUUCCCCUAUGGAAGAGGUGACGCGUGCCUGAUGUCUGCAUGAAGCUUUCUCUAAGGUUAGCAGAAAAAAAA